CAAUGUAUGUAUGUAUAAUCUGAUGCGCAAGCAUAUAUUUGUUCACCAUCUGUGUAACAUUAUCAUUUGUCACUACCUCAUACAGGAUACAGGUGAUGUGUGUGUGUUUUAUGCUUGGAACCAAAAGUUAUUACCGAUAGAAAAAGUACAAAGAUAGAGAUUAGCAGAUUCUACCAAAUAGUUACAAUUAUUUUGUUCAUAAAUGGCCACCCCUAGUGAUGACACAAUAGUAGAUCAAACAUUGUCUGAGAGAUUACUGGAAAAAGGUCGAAAGUCACCAUUUCUUAUUGCAAGUUUGAUAAGUUUAGCAGGCAUCUGUGGUUAUGGAGCCUAUGCUUUCAAGAAGAGAAAGAUAUCUACACAAUUAUAUUUGAUACAACUUCGAGUUGCCGCACAAGGAACAGCAAUAGCUUGCUUAACAAUAGGAAUGGGAUAUCAUAUGAUAAGAAAGCACAUCUUACAUGAUGAGACAGAACCAUAAUGCGGGUUAUAGUUUAAUUGCUUAUAAAAAUAUCUUAUUAUGUAUGUAGAAAAAAUUAUGUAAUAACAAUUUAUGUAAACAUGUAAUAUAAAUGGUUUAUUCAGAGGAAUUCAUCAAAUCCAUUUCUAAUGAUGUUAUUAAAUUUAUUUAAAAUAUAUUCUUAGAGCUAA